UCCCGGUGGCCUGGGUCUAGGUAGAGCGGCGGGAGGAUGCACCUGUCGGCCGUGCUCAACGCCCUGCUGGUGUCGGUGCUGGCCGCCGUCCUGUGGAAGCACGUGCGGCUUCGAGAGCACGUGGCCGGCCUGGAGGAGCAGCUGGCCCUGGGCCACCGGGCGGCCGAGCCCACGCAUGGGCCGCGGACUGACUACCAGAGGGCGCUGAAGCUGCUGCUGGAGGGCGGCACGCACAUGGUGUGCACGGGCCGCACGCACACAGACCGCAUCUGCCGCUUCAAGGGGCUGUGCUACUCCAGCGAGGCCCAGGAGUUCCUCUUCUUCCACGGCAAUGGCUCCGUCAUGCUGCCCAACCUGGGGUCCCGGCGCUUCCAGCCGGCCCUGCUCGACCUGUCCACCGUGGAGGACCACAACACGCAGUACUUCAACUUCGUGGAGCUGCCGGCCGCCGCCCUGCGCUUCAUGCCCAAGCCCGUGUUCGUGCCGGACGUGGCCCUCAUCGCCAACCGCUUCAAUCCCGACAACCUCAUGCACGUCUUCCACGACGACCUGCUGCCUCUCUUCUACACGCUGCGCCAGUUCCCGGGCCUGGCCCAGGAGGCCCGGCUCUUCUUCAUGGAGGGCUGGGGCGAGGGCGCACACUUCCAGCUCUACAAGCUGCUCAGCCCCAAGCAGCCGCUGCUGCGGGCCCAGCUGGGCACCCUGGGCCGCCUGCUCUGCUUCUCCCACGCAUUCGUGGGCCUCUCCAAGGUCACCACCUGGUACCAGUACGGCUUCGUGCAGCCCCAGGGCCCCAAGGCCAACAUCCUCGUGUCCGGCAACGAGAUCCGCAGGUUUGCCCGCUUCAUGAUGGAGCGGCUGAACGUGAGUCGCGCCGGGGCCCCGUUGGGCGAGGACUACAUCCUGGUCUUCAGCCGCACCCAGAACAGACUCAUCCUGAACGAGGCUGAGCUGCUUCUGACCCUGGCCCAGGAGUUCCAGAUGAAGACGGUGACCGUGUCCCUAGAGGACCACGCCUUCGCCGAUGUGGUGCGGCUGGUCAGCAACGCCUCCAUGCUGGUCAGCGUGCAUGGCGCCCAGCUGGUCACUGCGCUCUUCCUGCCCCGAGGGGCCGCCGUGGUGGAGCUCUUCCCCUACGCCGUCAACCCUGACCACUAUACCCCCUACAAGACGCUGGCCACGCUGCCAGGCAUGGACCUCCAGUAUGUGUCCUGGCGCAACACUGUGCCGGAGAACACGGUGACCCACCCCGAGCGGCCGUGGGACCAGGGCGGCAUCGCCCACCUCGACCGGGCCGAGCAGGCCCGCAUCCUGCAGAGCCAGGAGGUGCCUCGGCACCUGUGCUGCCGGAACCCCGAGUGGCUUUUCCGCAUUUACCAGGACACCAGGGUGGACAUCCCGUCCCUCAUCCACAGCAUCCGGCAAGUGGUGAAGGGCCGGCCGGGACCCCAGAGGCAGCGGUGGACGGUCGGCCUGUACCCCGGCAAGGUGCGGGAGGCGCGGUGCCGGGCGUCGGUGCGGGGUGCCUCGGAGGCCCGCCUCACCGUCUCCUGGCAGAUGCCCUGGAACCUCAAGUACCUGAAGGUGAGAGAGGUCAAGUACGAGGUGUGGAUCCAGGAGCAGGGGGAGAACACCUACGUGCCUUACAUGCUGGCCCUGCAGAACCACACCUUCACCGACAACAUCAAGCCCUUCACCACCUACCUGGUGUGGGUGCGCUGCAUCUUCAACAAGACCCUGCAGGGACCCUUCGCUGACGUGCUGGUGUGCAACACGUAGCCGGCGGAGCUCAGCUCGGCCCCCGCGGCAGCUUCUCACGCCCCGCCGUGUUUGAGUGGGCCCACCCGUGCCCGUGCCCGUGCCCUGCUCGAGUCUGGGGUCGGCGCCGGCAGAAUCCUCUGGGCACAGAGCCACGGGCCCCAGCGGCCUCCUCUCAUCCCAUGCACCUGCAUCUGUAACCUCGGAGAGGGUCCUCGGAGUGGAGGAAGCUAGAGGCCCAGGGAUCCUUUUGACCGAGGGGCCACACUGUCUCACCCCUCCUAGUCUUCCUGGCUUCUGGGAGUUGAACGUCUCCUGAGGUUGUCUGGGUGGGUGGUUCACCAGCUUCUGUCAUCACAAAAUCCACCUGUGGCCCUGUGACUAGUGUGUUUGGAGCAUUCAUUAAAUGACUAUAAAGA